AUGGCAGAUGAGGAGAUGAUGGAAAGGCUGCGGCAGAAGCGUACGGCAGCCCAGGCCGCGUUCACCAAAAAGGCAAACAAUCUUACCUCCAGGGUCAAUGCUCUAGAAGAAGGGGAUCUUAAGGCUGAGUGGAGGAACUUCAAAGAGGAUCAUAACAGAGUCACAGAUUUAGGAUUUGAGUACUCCACAGCCCUACGUGAACUAGAAGACGAAGAGGCCAGUGUAAAGGCGAAUCAGAUUGACGAGCGAACGCACGAAUGUGAUAAAAAGUUUGACGCUGUUAAACUCCUCGUCCUAAACAACUUAUGGACUAGAUUUGCAAAGGAUCAAAUUUCCGAUCUUGUAGAGGAGGCUAACUUAGCCCUGGAUCAGGCCGAAGUAAAGGACUAUCAACUGCUAUCUAGGAUGGAGUGGGAGCUGAUCAACAAAGACCUGGAACGAGAAGUCUUUGAAGUAAAAAGUUUAGUGACUGAGUGGUCAGACUUAAUUCCUCAUGCAGAGCUCGUGGAAUCAAGAGGCUCAUGCAGGAAGCUGAGAAAGCGGCAAAUGAAACUGUGGGAUAAAUGGGCGUGGCGACGUAACAGUUGGUCUGAUGACGAAGAGGCAAAAGUAAACGUAGAUAUGGCAGCCCAGACCAUGGAGCCAUCAGCAUCUACUAGCUCUGUUCCUGCUCCUGACCAUAAACUGUCCCGUCCCCAAGACAGCCACACUCCCAUAAGUGGAGCCCAGCGUAACCCAACCAGCGCGCCCACCUCUGUCAGUGAGGGUGCGCUUCACGCUCAAGGGGCUCACAGCAUAUACCCAGGGCCACUAAGCUUCAAGCCCCAAAUCACUUUGGAACGAGCACGUCUGCCUACGUUUUCAGGUAACAUGAGGGAUUACUACCGAUGGAAAGCUGAGUGGGAAGACCUGCAGCAGCUGGGGAACCCUCAUGGCUUGGAAAACGUAAGAAAGUUCCACCUAUUGGGAAGCUUAGAUGACAGAGUCAAAAGAGACCUUGUGCUGUCCAGUUGUGGAUCUGCCAAUGACGUGUUCAGACUCCUCGACAACAAAUAA